AUGAGGAACGUAGAUUCUCAUCUUCUGGAAGAUAAAAUGGAUGAGGCAGUCACGCAUUACAUAAAUUCCCAUCACUCUACAGAGCCUGUGCAUGUGGAUGCGAAUUCUUUAUCACUCAACGUACAAGACGACAACGGUGGGAGAGUGGUUACAGUGAUGCAUCCACUUAGCUUUUCAGCAACACAAAUGUGCAGGCAGGUGUCAGUGAAUGAACAAGUUGGGGAAGGGCAGUGGAAUGAAGAACUGCUGGAUCCUGAGGGGAGGUUGGCAGCAUUGGUAGCGCAUUUGGCUCAGCAUUCUCGACCUUCUCAUCAUCUACCUACUCACCACAAGGUACCUGCAGUCAGGAAUGAGGUAGAUGCGUCAGUCAUAUUAGACACACCAAUGAAGCUUUACAAUGGGCAACAUCUGGACCACCAAUCAGAACCAAUUGUGGUACAAUUGCCAUCACACUUUGCACCACUGCCACCGUUGCAAGAUAUGAAGAGGUGUCAAGAGACAGACUGGUUCAAUAAUAAAACGAAACCAACAUUAAAGGAUAAUAAUCCAAUGCUAGCAGAGGCUGACGGCCCAGUGCUGGAUAUUGGUGCAAGUGCCUCUCCUGUUCAGAACAAACAGAGCAAGAAGAGUCUGCCGCAUAAGAAGAGAAUUUCGAGGAAACUGAAGAGGAAUGCUGGAAACAGUACGCCUCAACAAGAUAUAGUGGUGAUUCACUGCAACUCCGAGGUCCCGCAAGAGGAAAUCCUUCCGGAUAACUUCGUGAAUGGCGUGCCCCACUCAGAACAUAUACCUGGUGAUGGGCACCACAUAACACAAGAGAUGCGGCCGAUAUUUAUUUGCCAAUUGUGCGGAGAGUUCUACGGGGAGGAGCAAUUGAAGUUUUACCAGCAUCUCAAACAACACUACGAGCCCCACGGGAAGUUUUACCAGCAUCUCAAACAACACUACGAGCCCCACGGGACCAUCAUCAUAGAGAACACUGUGCCUGAUUUGGGGAUUGACAAGAUGACAAACACAUGCAUUGUGGAUAACGUGCCAACUCUACCAGACUCCUUAGUUGAGUUAUCCUUAGAGAAUACAGUGCCAAAGUCUAUGUACCAGCCGAUGGAUAAACACAUUUUAUACACGUCAAGCGAUAAAACGCUCACGUGCCCCAGCAAUAAGGUGCAAUAUACGAUGGCAAGUGAGAAGGAGCUACCGCAGGAUAAUGUGAAGGCCGAUCUAUACGAGACCCUGGCCAAGUUGGAACUGUACAGCUGCACGAGGUGCGACAAAACGUUCAGGAAACAGAAGCAGUGCGAGGCGCAUAUAAAGGAAGAACAUUCGAAUGCUAAGCUGGAAGACAUGGGAGAGUUCAGUGAGCCUGAGGAUCUGAUGGAAGGAAUCCAUGUAGCAGUGGAGGAUGGUGAGCAGUACGAGCCUACCAUUCUGCCUCAUCUGAUCGUGGAAAACGGACAUGUACAUCAGGAGCACGUCAGAAAUUGGUAUACGCGCAACGGUGGCAACGCGGGUACAAUGUGUGAAUGUGGAGCCCCCGACUACUGUCCUGUGUGUCCCAAUACUGAACCCGCCCCAGUCUCCGCUCCAAGCCAUAUUCCCGCUCCCGCUCCUGCUCACAUCCCCGUGUCCGCUCCGACUCACAUCCCAGCUUCCGUGUCCGGCCACUUGCCCGCUCCCGUCCCCACGUCGGGCCCGCCCCCCCUGCCGCCUGUUAGCUCGGCCGCCGUGUUAUCUCGUCACACGCACUCACCAUCACAUCUCAAAGAGGAAGUUUUACAUACAAUAUUUGAAGAUGAAGUUCACAAUCAAGAUAAUCCCAACUACAAUGAGGGAGUAAUCUCUGACAAUCUAGAAGGUAUCCCUCCACCAGAACCUCCCCACGAAGAGGAGCAAAAGGCCCAAGUGGACCCUGGGGAGAAGAAAAAAAAGAAAUUCGAUUGUCCGUUGUGCGACAGGGUCUUUUUCCAUAGGAAUAGUUUAUUGUAUCAUAUGCUGAUGCAUGGAGAAAAGCAACACAUCUGCAAAGAUUGUAAUAAGAGUUUCUAUACUGCUAAUUCUUUAAAGGUACAUCGGCGCGUGCACAGCGACGAUAGACCGUGUGCUUGUGACGAAUGCGGGCGCUCGUUCCGGCAGUGGAGCGACCUCAAGUACCACAAGGCCUCCAUACACUCAGACCAGAAACAUUUCAAGUGCGAGUUCUGCAAUAAGGAGUUCGCCCGGCGUUACUCGCUCAACGUUCACAGACGUAUUCACACCGGCGAGAGAAACUACAAGUGCGAGUACUGCACCAAAACGUUCCGCGCCUCUUCAUAUCGACUCAUUCAUAUGCGGACGCACACAGGCAAUAAACCAUACAAAUGCCAACAAUGUGAGAAGUGCUUCAGAGUGGCGUAUGAUCUACGCCGACACAUGCUCAUCCACGACAAAGUGCGCCUGAGGGUAGACGGAGUAAAAGCCAAGCCCAAAGACACUAAAGAGAAAAAAUCACAGGGGAAAGUCAAAAAUGAUGCCAAAGAAGAGCCCAAACAAAAUGAUCAAGAGGAAACUAAUUUAAAAUCCACAAAGAAAAACGCGAUAUUGAAGAGUAUUUUAGAUAAAAAACAGCCACAGAAGAUGACUAAAAAAACACAGAAUCCUAAGAAAGGAGCACCAAAUAUCACCAUUGCCUCAAACAGAGAUGGACAGUUCAAAAUCAAUAAUGAAUUCACAAACAAUGUCGAAGUGUUUGACACGCGACAAAUUGAAUACAACAAAUACAAAGAGGAAUAUGUGACUAAUGAAUACAGAAGAGAUGAAAUGUUGCAUACAUAUAAAAAGGAGGAUUAUCAGGAUGAUAAUUCGUACAAAGAAAGCCAGCGAUUGGCCGUGGAAAGAGAUUUGGCUGUACUUCGACCCAUUCUCCGCAGCAGUCCUCAGAUGGAGGACUUGCAGAAGCCAGUUCUUCGAGGUGAGAACACCGAUGGCAAACUCCAAGUGUUCACUCAAGUAGAAAAGAGCAAAGAUGUAUCCGGAUAUAACACACCUUUGUCUUCCUCACAUCCUAACAUCUCACUUAAUGACAUGAAGCAUCUGGAAAGGGAUAUAAAUAGAGAAGUAAGAAAUGAUCUGUCUGGGGAGAACAUGGAUAACGUGUUUCUGGAAAGAUUAAGCGCCUUUUACAACAUUACAGCAGUUUGA